GAAGUUGACAUAAAUUCCGUGACCCGAAAUCAGCCAGUUUCCCUAAACGACAACAUCUAUCAGUUCCUCAUGAGCACCGAAAACAAUUUAGACUCCCAAGUCAUGUCCCAACAAAGUUACGACCAAGUAUUAUCCCAAACAUUCGACCAAUCUUUGCCCCAAUCAUUUGAUCAAACUUUGCCCCAACCUUUUGACCAAGCACUGCCCUCUCAGAGCUUUGACCAAAUGUUGGAACCAAGCAAUGACCCAAACGAUCUUGAGUACGAACUUGAUGAUGGCACUCAAAUCCGAGCGUCUCAAAUACACUUUGACAACGAAGACCCACACGUAGAUCUAUCAGCAGAGAAGAUUCCGUUCAUCAAAUACACUGAUGACGUCGACGAAUUUGACCUGGAAAAUGUUGGGGACGAAGAAACUAGGAAGUUUAAUAUAGUCGAAAGCCCAGUUUCCAGAUGGUCCAGCAGAGAAGGCAGCCCUAGACGUAGUUUCGUCAAUACGUUGCCUUUUAAACUCGUUUGCAACAACACUUCCGUCUUCGAAGCUCAGUUUACAAAGUAUUUGGAGUCCAGCACAGCUAAAACAUAUACCACUUUGAACCCUGUUACUAAUAGGAAUAAGUCUCCACGAAGCUUGAUAAGGGACAACUAUAAAAACUAUGACGACAAAUUCAAAGGAGAUGAUUUUACUGGGUACACUAGGGAAGAAAUACUCAAUAUGUUCAAAGAUUCUCCAGUUGCUUCUUUGCCUUAUGAAGGCCAGAAUCUAAACGAGAAGAGGCGGCACGUACGCAAAACUGAUCCUUCCCGGUCAGUCCAUAAGAACUGGAAUUCUAAACCUGUUAACUACGACGAUGGGAUCUUAAUUGGAGACGCGGAGAACCAGAAUUGUAUUAUUUGUGGUAAAUUCGUUGAGAAUAAAAUCGAGAAACUUUAUGUAUUCGAUAAAGAAGACCAAAAACGACACCGGGCGUCUCCCCAAAAAAGGACUUCUAGUCACUUAAAGAUAAUUUGUGAGGGAUGCUUAGAAGAAAAUUUCAAACCAAGUCGCAUGAAGGGCCCAAACCAAUCAUUGGGCCCUGACGAAUACCUGGUGAUACGAAACAAUCAGCAGUACAUAUUCCAGAAGACGAAAAAGAUUGACUUCAAAACUAAUUUCAACGCAGAUUUAAUAAACGAUAAAGAAAUGAAUAAGAAGAAAGAGAACGAAAAAGUAGAGUUUGUCAAAGUUGAAAUUGGGUCUGAUGGGGAAAUAGUAACUAAACCUAUAGACAAUGAUCCCAGGUGUACAGACGAUGUUGUUAUCGUUAAAGAUGAGGAUAACGAUGAAAGCUCUAGCGAUGUGGAAAUCAUAGAGCCUGCGGAUAUAGAUGAGAACAUCAUAGACAAUUUGGAAGACGCAGAUGAAGAUGUUAAGGAGUUUUUGGGGAAAUAUCAAGCUGAUAAUAAUACGGAAACUGAAUUGAAAUGCAGGUUUUGCGAAAAGAUCUUCGCUGAGCUAUCAGAAGUCAUGGAUCACGGGGAAGAACAUAAGCACGAUUUGGAAGACGGGGCGGUCUACCCCUGCCCUCUCUGUGAUUACGGAUAUUCAAAUGCAAAAUGGCUAAAAGGUCAUUUGAAGGCGGCCCAUGAGAAGAAAGAAGUUCAGAAACCUAUGGACAUUGAGGAGACGAUCAAAAAAGAAGAUGGAAAGUCAAAACCAGCGUCUCCCAUCGCCAGAAGGACUCGAAGUUCUUGCAAGAGAACGGAGAACGACGGUAGUAAAGAGAGUCCUGUACCACCAUUAGACAACGUGGGCAAGUUACUCAGCAACGCUGAAUCGGCGGAUUCAACCUUACUGAUCAAAACAGAGGUGAAGCAAGAAGCCCUGGCCAGCAGCGAUGAUGAGAUCUGGAUAGUUCAGACCGGUGAUGAUGAUGCUACCAAACAGUUGGAGAGCCUGUUCAAUGCGGCGAAGGGCCACCAGAAACAAGAGACUUGUCCAAAGACUAUUCACAAAUGCUUCAACUGUAGUCGAAUCUUCACAUCAGAAGAGUGCCUAUCCUCCCAUAAGUGUAGAAUCCCUCGUCGUGGCAGAAAGAGAAAGUCCGAGAGUAAAGAGGACAGCGCUAUCUGCGUGCCCACUAAGGAGGAUUUCUUAAAGGUUAAUAUGAUACGGGUAGUUAGAAUAUAA